AUGGGGAAGCCACGGAUGAUCAUUCUAGUGCGCCAUGCACAGUCAGAAGGCAACAAAAACCGCGAUAUCCACCAAACUAUUCCAGACCACCGUGUGAAGCUCACUGCUGAAGGACAUCGACAAGCCCAAGAGGCAGGCCGUCGACUACGUGACCUCCUCCAACCCGACGAUAAACUUCACUUCUUUACCUCCCCGUAUCGGCGGACAAGAGAGACUACCGAGGGAAUUAUUGAAUCCCUAACCUCCGAUACACCCUCUCCUUCACCUUUCCCCAGACACACUAUCAAAGUUUAUGAAGAACCCAGGCUGCGAGAACAAGAUUUUGGUAACUUCCAGCCAUGUUCCACAGAGAUGGAGCGCAUGUGGAUGGAGCGGGCAGACUAUGGUCAUUUCUUCUACCGGAUUCCCAAUGGCGAAUCUGCAGCAGAUGCCUAUGACCGAGUGAGUGGGUUUAAUGAGUCCCUCUGGCGCCAGUUCGGCGAGGACGACUUUGCAAAUGUCUGUGUCCUUGUUACGCACGGCCUCAUGGCAAGAGUAUUCCUCAUGAAAUGGUAUCACUGGAGCGUGGAAUACUUUGAGGACCUUCGCAACAUCAAUCAUUGCGAGUUCCUGAUCUUGACCCACAACCCAGAGAAUGGAAAAUACACACUACAGAACAAGCUUCGUACCUGGUCAGAUCUUCGAAAAGAUCGAGAUCGUGAAAAUGCAUCCAAAGAGCAGGUCCCCGCGCCCACUCCUUCUGCUGGUCAUGUCGGCCUCACAGACCAUAUCCCAAUUCGGCGCAAGUGGGGUGGCUGUCCCGACGGCUGCACUCACGGCAUGACUGUGGAUGGAAAACAAUCUUUGCGAGCAAAUCUAUUGAAUUCCAUGCGUCACGAACAUGCUUAUGCUCAAGCAAAGCAUGCGGAUGACCAUGCAGGUAGUUUUGGCUCCAAACUUCAAAAAUCUAUAUCCAUCGACGAGGUGAUAUCAUCCUCAGAAGAGAGUGUGGUACAGAAUGAUCCCAGCCGCAAAUCCGACGCUCGACAUGUCUCCAACCCACACCACACAGUUUCCGACGAUGAAAACGGAAACACCACGAAGCAACACGAUUCUAGCUCAGAAGCCCGGCCAAAUGUGAAUCCAUUGCAUCCAAAACGGCCGAACUUCCACGGAUUGAACCGAAAAAGCGAAGACCAACUCCCCCACCAACCAACAGCUACAUCUUCAGCAUCGGCGCACCUAAAAUACGCCCUCCUCCACCUCGGCGGCCGUGACGGUGGAGGCUCCAUGAGUGGAGCAAAUAGCCUUGCCCCAUCCGACGACGAAGGCGAUUAUCACGAUCACCACCGUCACGCUGCAUCAACCUCCUCCAACCUCGCCACCGGCACUUUGUCUCAAGCGAACCAGCAGCACUUCGAAUUCCCGUCCAGCGAGAAAAGCCAACGGCCACUUCCCUCUCAGGAGCUCGAAGAUGAUGGCGAUGACGAGAUGAGCGGCAAUCCCACUGAAAAAUUGAAGAAAAUUCGCCUACACCACCACCAUCACCACUAUCAUCAUCACCAUGUCUCUUCUUCCACCGACCAAUCUGAGCACCCAGUGGCCAUGGCCAAUAUCCUAGGCGAUGGAGACGAGUCGUCCAACCACUCAGAAUCACAGGUGCAAAGAUCAGAAAGUUCAUCAACGGAUUCCCCAUCUCAUCUCCACAUCGAGGAAUUAUCCUUAGAGGAGCGUCAAAAGCAUGAUCAGAGCAUUCAAGGGAGCGUCUAUUGA